GUCACUUCCGUAAACAGGACUCUUUACCUUUACUGAAUAAACUCCAUUAUUGUACAAAUGUUAAAUGCAGCCAGCUAGCUAACGUUAAAUAGAUAUUUUAAUAACAGUUCAUAUUAAAUACCACGUUCAAACGAGACAAAAACUAACAGCUAACGAGAUAUAAUUAAUGAAAAUAUCUUAAAACAAUAUUUGUCAGGCUGACGUCUCCGUGUUGUUGCUUCCUCCCCCUCAGCCCUGCGUCGUGCCGUGCCGUGCCGUGCCGUGCCGGGCCGUGCGGUGGAUGGGAGGGGGAGUUGUUUCGGGGUGGCGGGCCGGGGUAUCGCGUCUGUCGGCUCGGCUCCUCGGUGUUGAGCUAGCACACUUGUCGCCUGCCCGCAUCCAGUAUGGAUAGUUCACAAGAAGAAUGAAAAAUAGCGACUAUCAUCGUGGCAGCUGCUUUUGUUGGUAAAUACGACUCAUGCACGGCUGCUGUUGCCAUCGAGAUCAUUUUCAAGCUUUGACGUCCCCCUGAAGAGAGUUAGCAGCUAUGGCCGAACAAGACCUUUGUCCUCACCUGGACUCCAUAGGAGAGGUCACCAAGGAGGACCUCCUCCAGAAAUCCAAGGGAACUUGUCAGUCUUGUGGUGCAGGGGGCCCAAACCUGUGGGCCUGUCUGCAGAAUGACUGCCCAUAUGUGGGUUGUGGAGAGUCCUACUCUGAUCACAGCACCCUGCAUUCACAGGCCAAGAAGCACAACCUGACUGUCAACCUGACCACGUUCAGGAUCUGGUGUUAUGUGUGUGAGCGGGAGGUGUUUUUGGAGCACAGGCCUGCGCUGGUUCCUGUACCUGCUGCACCCCACCACUGUAAAGCCACAGAGCAGGAAGCUGCUCCUCAGCCAGUAGGUCACCCACUAAAAGCCGUACCAAUUGCUGUGGCAGAAGAAGAAGGUUCGGAGUCAGAGGAGGAUGAGCUUAAACCCAGAGGCUUGACAGGAAUGAAAAAUAUUGGAAACUCCUGCUACAUGAAUGCAGCUCUUCAAGCCUUGUCCAACUGUCCUCCUCUCACUCAGUUCUUCCUGGACUGUAGUGGAUUGGUCCGGACCGAUAAGAAACCUGCUCUCUGUAAGAGCUAUCAGAAACUCAUCUCAGAACUCUGGCAUAAAAAACGGCCCAGCUAUGUCGUCCCUACCAGUCUGUCUCAUGGCAUCAAACUAGUAAACCCCAUGUUUCGUGGUUACGCUCAGCAGGUAGGGGCAAGCACCCAGCAGGACACCCAGGAGUUCCUGCGUUGUCUGAUGGACCAGUUACACGAAGAGCUGAAGGAGCCUCUGACAGAGUGUAGCAUGAGCGGAGAGGGAAGUGAUGGGGAGGAGAUAAGAGAUGGAGAACGCUCCCCAUCUGAGGAUGAAUUCCUAUCCUGCGACUCGGGCUCCAGCAGUGACCGGGGGGAGGGAGGAGGACUGGGUGACGGUGAGCUGCUCCUGCAGGAUGAGUGUGAUGGGGUCAGGCCACCGGCAGUAGGGGUGGUGGGCGUCAGUACUGGCGGGGUGAUCUCGGAGAAGGAGAGGCUGAAGGAAAGGAGGGUGUCUGGCUCACCCCUACGUGGAGGCUCGCAAGAGAUGGAUGAGGAUGCUGAUGUGGAUACAGCAGCUGAAGAGGGGGUUACUGAGAGGGGAGAGGAAGAGGAGUUAACGCCAACCGCAAACACCGAGGUCCAAAACCAAGAGAACAACCAGUUAACUGCUACUGGGCAAGGGCAAACCCAGAGCAACAACUCCUCAGAGCCAGACAAUGAAGUGUCCAUGACCCAGACCCAGUCCACUCCCUGCAGUCCGGUGCGAACCCUUCAGGAGCUGCAUCCCAAACUGUCCUCCAGCCCACCUCGCUCCAGCCCGCUCCGCUCUGCAGGACCUGCAUACUCCUUCAAAAAAGCUCAGCUGCUGCUCAGUGCCAGGAAGAAGAAACAGUCUCACUAUCGCAGUGUGAUCUCUGACAUCUUUGAUGGCUCUAUCCUCAGUCUGGUCCAGUGUUUAACCUGUGACAGGGUCUCUACUACAGUGGAAACUUUUCAAGACCUGUCCCUCCCUAUUCCUGGUAAAGAGGACCUGGCAAAGCUUCACUCCUCUAUACAUCAGAACCUCCCAGUCAAGACGGGCGUGUGUCCCGACACAUACAGCUCGCAGGGCUGGAUCUCCUACAUCAUGGACUCUAUACGCCGGUUCGUAGUCUCAUGUAUCCCCACUUGGUUUUGGGGCCCCAUGGUAACCCUAGAGGACUGCCUCGCUGCCUUCUUUGCUGCAGACGAACUCAAAGGGGACAACAUGUACAGCUGUGAGAGAUGUAAAAAGUUGAGAAAUGGGGUCAAAUAUUGCAAAGUGCUUAGACUUCCUGAGAUUCUGUGCAUUCACCUAAAGCGCUUCCGGCACGAAGUCAUGUACUCUUUCAAGAUUAGCAGUCAUGUAUCUUUCCCAUUGGAGGGCCUUGACAUGCGACCUUUCCUGGCUAAAGAGAGUCCAUCGCAAGUCACCACUUACGACCUGCUGUCAGUCAUUUGUCACCAUGGCACUGCAGGAAGUGGACACUACAUAGCUUACUGUCAGAAUGUGAUCAAUGGCCAGUGGUAUGAGUUUGAUGACCAGUAUGUCACAGAAGUCCAUGAGACAGUGGUGCAGAAUGCAGAGGCCUAUGUGUUGUUCUAUAGGAAAAGUAGUGAGGAGUCGGUGAGAGAGAGGCAGAAGGUCGUGGCUCUGGCCAAUAUGAAGGAGCCCAGCCUGCUGCAGUUUUACAUCUCCAGAGAAUGGCUGAACAAAUUCAACACCUUCGCCGAACCAGGCCCCAUCAGCAACCACACAUUUCUUUGUCAGCAUGGAGGAAUCCCUCCUAAUAAAUACCACUACAUUGAUGAUCUGGUUGUGAUUGUUCCCCAGAAUGUGUGGGAGUACCUUUACAACAGUUUUGGAGGCGGUCCAGCAGUGAACCACCUCUAUAUGUGCGCCAUCUGCCAAGUGGAGAUUGAAGCUCUGGCUAAACGCAGAAAAAUGGAAAUAGACACUUUCAUCAAGCUAAACAAAGAGUUUCAGGCUGAGGAGGCUCCGACUGUAAUCCUGUGCAUCAGCAUGCAGUGGUUCAGAGAGUGGGAGAGCUUUGUGAAAGGCAAAGACAAUGAGCCACCUGGUCCCAUCGACAACAGUAAAAUUGGCGUUAUGAAAGGAGGACACAUACAACUCAAGCAAGGUGCAGACUAUGGUCAGAUCUCAGAGGAGACGUGGCAGUACUUGUUGGGUAUUUAUGGCGGAGGCCCUGAGAUCGCAGUGAGACAGACGGUGGCCCCGGCUGACCCUGACAGCCUUCAUGGAGAGAGGAAGAUUGAGGCAGAGACCAGAGCACUUUGAGAAAAAAAGAGGUCUUCUGAUUCCCCUUUCCACUCCUGCCCUCACAGGAAGCUGAGGAAUUUGCACCUUGGUGACGAUGCCUCGCCGUGAGCACUUUGUAAAUGUAGCAACGCAUUAUUCUGAAGCCGUGUUGCAAAAGGGUGAACCGGUACUUAAAUAUCACGUAGUUUAUUUAUUGGAAAACUCUGAACCUCAGUGUUUAGGUGUAAAAAAAUAAAUGGAGUUGUUUUUGGUAGCUAUGAUGUUUCAGUGGCUGCUGUAGUGACUAGGUGUCAUAUACUGCUAAACUGGCCAGCAGACAGCUACUGGUGUCAUGAACCAGUUUGCUGAGGAGGAGAGCAGAACUACAGUGUGAUGUUUGGUUUGAGGACUUUUAUUCCUCAAUGGAAACAACAACUAAGAGACAUUAUUAAGCUUUCUGUUGUUUGCCUGUUUACUAGUUACAUAGCAACAAGUUCAGACAUCAUCAAGUGAGAUAUUGCAUAAAUCUUCCUCUUGCACCUCCAACCUUAAAUACACAGUAUAACUAAUCCCUCAGGAACGGAAGUCUUUUGAUUGUUUGAGCCGGUGAAACAAUUAUAUUGACAGAGAAUAAGAAGAAAAACACAGCAGGGUUGUUUCAAACCACAAAACAUGCAUGUGUUCCAAAAAAGCGUUUUCACGGUCAUUUGUAUUUGAAAAGCUUCAAAAAGCUUCAAAAUGCAUGUAAUGGCAACUUCUUCAUCUGGACCUGUAGGGACUUUUCACUCACAGGAUCGAGUUUAUUUGCUCAAACACACAACACCUUAAGGUGCUCAAAAUGAUUACUGAUCCUGUCCAGCACUAUCCAUAAAUAGGCAUACAGAUAUAUGGCUCUAAUUUUAAACAGAGUAGAUACAUUUCUGAAAAGACUAACUAUUUUAGGUCAUAUAUGGCAAGAGUGCAGGAGUUAAGUAAGAGGAGGAUUACAUAGCUGGUGCAAUAACGGUACAUUUGCUGAGGGGUAAUUAGAGAAUCUUAACUGGCUUUUCUUUUAAUAGCCUACAUAGGUUUGAAAUUCCUCUGAAACAUCACAGUGUGAAUUCCCUGAUAUCAGUUCUUAAAAGAGAUUAUUCCAAAAUGACUAAUAAUGCAGUACCUGUAUAUACCAAGAGAGGACAGUAUGAAAUGAAAUGUAAUGUAACAAUUCAGCAAGAUAAAAAAACCAAUCUGACAGCAUCACAAAUAAUUAGCACAACAUGCACAAAUCCAGACCUGUUACAACAGAAUGAUCAUUUAUGAUUAGUAUCUGAUUUAUGAAGUAUAUUUUCUUAUUUUUUGAAUAAUAUCUUAAUUGUGCAUGUUUCGUUAUCAGAAAGAUGAAGCUGUACCCUGUGGUAGGGACACUACAUUAUGAGGUAUUUGCUUGUAAAAAAAUAUGUGCAUCUGCAACUUGCAUUUUUGUUGAAGAUGCAUUUUAAAAUGUGUAAAAAUACACCUGUGUUUGCCAAUUUAGACACCAUGGCUUGUUUACUCAAAUGAUAUUCCUGUGUGCAGUUUGAACUUCCUCCACCCUCACAGGAAACAGUCCCCUAUCUGCAGCACUUCGAGUCGAUAAACUAGAUUGACAUCUUGCUUUUUUCAAAUAUCUUUUCAUUAUAAAGAAGAGUAUAAAGAGUGCUGUGCAAUUUAACAACAACAUUUGAGACAACUCAAACAGCUCCUAAAAUUCCCUUCCAGCUUCUAUUUGAAGCAACCAACAUGCAGAGUUGCUCAGAUUGUUUUUGUUUUUGUUUGUUUGUUUGAUAAUUUAUAGUUGUAACUAAGUUUUGAUCUGAAAUCUCAAUAGUUAUAUAUUGUUGUGUUAUUUUUUAUUUAUUGUGCAAUUCAUUUUACAGCAUAAUCAAUGCAAUAUUAAUGUGCCAGGGUGAAAUUUAGUCCAAGCUCAGCUAAAUAAACAGUGUCCUCUAUCUCAUUGUAGAUAAUCACAUGCUUGCCUUUUUUUACUGUACAGAUCUGCAUAGGCAAUGUUUGCCACCACAUUUGAAUCAGUUAAACCUAGCAUUGUGGUAGAGCGAAUAACGCAUGGGAAAUGCAAGAGAAGAAGAAUGUGUGACUGCUUUUCUCCUGUCCUUUAAUUAAAUAGUCUAAUUUACUAAAUAUUGUUAAUAAAGACCAAUUUUGAAAAAAAUCUUAUUUAUUUUCUGUUAAAUUGAAUUAUAAUUAUAGUUCUGUUUAAAUAGCAUUAUCAAUUUAAUUAAAAUUUUCAUUUAUAAGAUUACAACAAUUCUGAAUUUUGAUUCAAUUUACAUUAACUACUGAUGCUAAAAUCCCCUGAGCAUAAACAACCAAUGGAAAAUUGAUAAAUUAUUUUUUAACGUUUUCAUUUAUCAAUAAUCAUUACGUCGUAAUUAUACUUAUUAGACUUGUAUAGAGAACCCUCCUGGAAAUAAAAUACUGCUACUAAGCUGUUACCAGUCUAAACGUCCACAAGACUAGUUAGUCAAACAAAAGACAGCACAGUAACUUGAAGCCCAUUUGUGAAAAGAAAAGCAGCAAGAAUUGCUUAUAAAAACCUGUGAUUUUUAAUGCCAAAUAACGGAAAGUAAGAAAGAACACUGAUUUUUCUUUUGAUCUUCAGUGGCCAUGCAGUAUUCCCAUAUGGAUACAGUAGCUCUUGCCUUCUGCUUCUUUUCCUUUUUAUUUGAACCUGUUUUUUUGUAGCAGCUUUGUAGAGAUCUGAAAUAUAGACAAGGAAAUUAUGAGUUGAAAUGUAAAGAAUAUGAUAAUUUAAUAAUUGAUGAUCUGCAAUAUGUAAGUCAUCCUACCUUGGAAUACAGUGCCUUCAAGCCCCUACACACCCACAAUGCAUAGGUGUUUACAUAUUAUGGCUAAUUACAAAUGUGGGAAAAGUUAUAACUUCAUCAUUUGAAGUUUAAUUCAUGAAGUUUGGUCACCUCAUAUACAUUCCCAGCAUAUCUCUCUGCUCAACUUUAUUCUGAGUAUGAACCUUAAUCGGCCAGAAUAAGGGAAAGCACCUGUGUGGGUAUGCAGGGGCUUCGUUUAAAUUACCAUCCACCUUGACUUUACAAAGGUCUAUGUGCAUCAAUUAAUCUCUCAGCUGUAUUUCAUUGUAAGAUCAAUCAGAAAAGGUGACACAGAUCCCAAAGAUUUAAUUAGACUGGUCUACGUAACAUAUGAUGCGUUGUUUGUUUUUGUAAGGAGGCAGUGGGAUGUAGAAUGCACAUGCAAUAGUUUGGCUUUUUUGCCAAGAGUUUGGCGAGAAGGCCGAUACCACUCUCACACCUAUGAGGUAAAUAUUAGAUUACCACCACCAGCCAGUUAGCUUAGCUUAGCAGAAAGACUGGAAACAGAGAAACAACUGUUCUGGCUCGUAACAAAAUUGGCCUCCGAGCACGUCCAAAGCUCACUAAUUAAAGGUUCUCUCUUGCUUUUUUUGAAGUUUGAAAACGACAAGGUGUGGCCAGAUUUUCCCCUCUGCUUUCAGUCGGUAGGCUACGCUAAGCUAACCGGUUGCUGGCUGUAGCUUCACAUUUAGCAUGCAGACAUGAGAGGGGUUUUCUCUUUCGCACUCCCAAAAUGUUAAAUUAUUCCUUUGUGCCUAGAGUCAUUUUGUGUUAUGAACAGCUAUGAGAUUCCAGGACAAGCAAGCUUGUGAAACAUACUGAAUCCGAUUAAGUCCAACAUGCUCGGCACACAUAUUCAGAAGUGUAAUUAUCAGAAAAGCAGCUUUAACAUUCCCUGUGUAAUAUAUCCAACAAGGGACACCGUAACCCAAAAUACCCACGAUGUUUUAAAAGAUCUUUUUCACUGCAGAUAUUUUGACUUGUCAUAGUAGGAAAAGCACUAAUAUUAGUAAUUGCUAAGUGUGAUAGUAAGCCAUGCUAGUGAGGAAGAAUGCAUGGAGGAAAUGGAAGGCAGCUGGGUAGUUUCCAAGAUGGCAGAGCAUACAAUACAUUGCAAGUGGUAGCGUUCUUGACUCUUUAAACCUCCUUUAUGAACUGACACCAGAAGCCAACAUUGCAAAUAUACAUGGAAUUCUGAGUUGUGCUUCUUGGCAUAUGGUCCAGUCCAAUAUUCAAUUUCUUUUAGCUCUGGUUUUGGUCCCUACCAACUCCUGACCGAAACAUCUGGCUGUUUAGUUGCUAAAUGCUCCACUAUAUUCACCAGCUGGGUCACUAAAUGUCUUCCGUUUGGUGCUGAGCAGAUAGCGUACAGGUUUUGUUUGGGUUUGGUUGCGCUACAACCCAGCUAACGUCACUGUAAUGGCUAACGUUAACCAAGCAAGCAUUGAGCAGUUAUAUGGUUUCCCGACUCUCUCAUGAAAUACAUGAAGUUCCCCGGAGUCGCCAUAUCCUCCAGAAUAGCCCAGGACCAAAACGAUCAAAUACAGAGCAGGCAGCCAUUAUUAAUUAUUUCACUUGAACUUCACCCCUCCCACUAUGACAUGUCAAACAUCAGCCAUGUUGUUUAACUUUAUUUCUGACAUUUUUUUUAUGUGUCCAAAGAGCAAUUCAUCAAUUUCAAUAAGAGGACACAGAAUUGUCCACUUGUCGUAGGUAAAAUGUGUUGUAGCCUUUGUGGGUUUUUUUUUUUUUUGUUUUUUUUUCCAACACAUGGUCAGUGUGUAUCUACAAGACAUAAUAUUAAUACUACAGAGAUGUGUGUGCUAUGUUUUUGGGGGAAUAAGUGCAAUGAAAAAAAGACAAAUCUUUGUGCAAUCUUAGCCCUGUCAUCAAAGAGACACCAGACAGCUGUCGAACACAGAAGUCUGAACAGCUGAUAUGCAGCUUAAUCUAUUGCGGUGUUGAAAAAUGUUGAGUAGUAAUUAUUUAAUUAUCCCCACCUGGGAGUUUGUUUGCCUGUGUUACAGCACGUAUCUAUGCGUGUUUCCAUUUGACUGGAAAACACUGCUGUGGUUCGAUAGAGUUCACACGUAAUAUCAUGACACCCUGCAGACAGCCGACAGGAUUUUGCUGACUCAUGUUUUCCCUACAUUUUACAGUGUGGCUGUUGUGGUCAUGGUUAUGGUGAUAAGAGGGGGUUUAAGUGGUUGACCUCAAUUCAAUGGGAUGUCUUAAUGUCUGUAGAACUUAUGUAAUUACUCAUGACUGGUUAAAUGAUUAAAAUUGCCUGGUCUUUGA